AAUAUAAUUAAUUCAAUCAGUGACAUCCUCCAACCAGUUACAGAUUAACUCAGUCCAAGGUUAUGUGCAGCAGCUUUUGGCAGUUUCAGUGCUGAUGGAGUUUACUUCAGGUAAUUGACAAUACCAGAACUGCGGUGUUUUCAGAACUGGCAUUAUCUCCUAACUUGCCUGAUUUUCAGUUUGUUAAGAAACACUGUGAGGAAAUCUAUUUAGGAUUGUCCUGACCGAAAAGUUUAAAAGGAAUCAAUCAUAACAUGGCACACGUAAGUCAGGUGGCAGGAAGUUCCUUCUUUCAGAAGGAUCAGCUGAAAGCCGCAGUGGCUGACACCUUUCUGGAGCACCUCAGCCAACUUGAUAUAGACUCAGAACCCAUCAGUGCUCGUAACACAAGUAUCAUCUGCACCAUUGGUCCAGCAUCCCGUUCAGUUGAAAAACUGAGAGAGAUGAUAAAAGCUGGCAUGAACAUUGCACGUCUGAAUUUUUCCCACGGAUCCCAUGAGUAUCAUGCAGGUUCUAUACAAAACAUUCGAGAAGCUGAAGGAAGCUUUGCCUCCAGUCCAACAGAUUUCAGGCCCAUUGCUAUUGCUCUUGACACCAAGGGUCCUGAGAUUCGCACCGGACUUGUUAAAGGGUCUGCUAGUAAUGAAGUUGAACUGGUAAAAGGCUCUCUGGUUAAGGUGACAACAGAUGAUAAAUUCAAGGAACAAUGUGAUGAAAAGCUUAUUUGGGUUGACUACAAGAAUAUUACUAAAGUGGUGCAGGUCGGUGGGAGAAUCUUUGUCGAUGAUGGGUUGAUGUCCCUUCUUGUCAAAGAGAUUGGACCCGACUACUGCACAACUGUGGUAGAUAACGGAGGAAUGCUGUGUAGUCGGAAAGGUGUGAACCUACCAGGUGCAAAGGUUGACCUACCUGCAGUCUCUGAUACAGAUAUUAAAGAUUUACAUUUUGGUGUAGGUCAAGGCGUGGAUAUGAUAUUUGCCUCCUUCAUUCGAAAGGCAGAAGAUGUGCAUAGCAUCCGUAAAAUUCUUGGAGAAAAGGGAAAAUACAUGAAGAUCAUCAGUAAAAUUGAAAACCAUGAAGGAGUCAAAAAUUUUGAUGAGAUCUUGGCAGCUAGUGAUGGCAUCAUGGUGGCUCGAGGUGACCUUGGUAUUGAAAUUCCCGCAGAGAAAGUGUUUAUUGCCCAGAAGAUGAUGAUUGGAAGAUGCAACAGAAUAGGGAAGCCUGUUAUCUGUGCUACUCAGAUGCUGGAGAGCAUGAUUAAGAAGCCUCGACCGACUCGCGCUGAGGUCAGUGAUAAUGCAAAUGCUGUUUUGGAUGGAGCUGACUGCAUCAUGCUGUCAGGAGAAACUGCCAAGGGAGACUACCCAGUGGAAGCCGUGAAAAUGCAGCAUGCAAUUGCUCGAGAAGCAGAAGCAGCCAUGUACCAUCAGCAACUGUUUGAAGAACUGCGAAGACUUACUCCUCUGUCCUGUGAUCCCACUGAGGUGGUAGCCAUUGGUGCUGUGGAAGCUUCAUUUAAAUGCUGUGCAGGGGCCAUUAUAGUGUUGACCAACUCGGGAAGAUCUGCAGCACUUAUCUCCCGCUACCGACCUCGGACACCAAUCAUUGCUGUGACAAGAAAUAUGCAGGCAGCACGCCAGUUUCACCUGUACCGUGGAGUUAUCCCUGCAUUGUACCGUGAGAGUACUCAUGAAGUGUGGGCUCAGGAUAUGGAUGACCGUGUGAACUUUGGAAUAAUGAUAGGCAAAAGCCAGAAUUUCUUCAGUAAGGGUGAUGCAGUGAUUGUGGUGACAGGAUGGCGACCAGGCUCUGGACACACCAACAUCAUGAGAGUAAUCAAUGCCCCAUGAAUGGUCUUCCUGCUUUCCACUCCUGAUGGACACCAAGCAUCUUCAAGGACUACCAUGGAUCUUUACAAAAGAUGUAUAAACUGAAAUACUAUUUUGUCAGUGUUCUUGUAAUUCAUGCUGUUGUCCUUGUUGUUGUGUGGGGCCAUAACAUUUUCUUAUUUAGUUUAAUGGGGAACCAGCACUUAGAAACUUGCACCAAAUAUAAAUACGAGUCUGCUUUAAACUAAGUAUGUACUGACAUUUUUUCCCUUUCUUUUUCUGUAAUUUAUGAUAGUAUAUCAGGUGGAUUCUCUGUAUUUCCUUAAUGACGUAUCUGUGUACCACAAACCCAGAAUCUUCAUGAGGUAACAUCAGACUUGAGCCAGCGAGGUGAAAGUUUAGUACUACGCACUGCAGAAUGGAGUUUUGUAUGCUUCAGUAUUUUUCUUCCAUUACUGACCCACUUUUUCACUGGAAACCAUGUAAGGUUUAGGAAGACUGAUUUACUCUAUGAGAUGUAUGGUGAAAUUGAAAAUAUCUUGCCUUAGAUCACAGCAUAUUUAAAAUGUUUAAUCUUCCAUUACUGCAGGGCUUCUCCUAUUCUAAUGUCAAACUCCUAAAGCAAACUGGUACCUGGUGGUUUAUUAAAUAAGUACUCUGACAGCAUGUAUCACAAGCUAUCACAUUCCCAGGAAAAGCCAUAUUAUCUGUCAACCAGUAUGCGAGUCACAUUAGUGUGAAAUAACAACCUCACACUGCCAAAACAUUCUCUAAUAAAGAUUCUACUGCUUUUGUUUUCAUACACACAGCUGAUCUAUUUUCAUAUGUCACCAAGAUUUCAUUCUCUGGCUGGCAAGUGAUGUCCUUACUAUACCAGAACAGAAAGUAAGUGUGCUUAUGUCAGACUGGCACAAACAUGCCACACAUGGUAGAGAAUAUUUCUCCAUUUUUACAGUGCCCUUUAGUCAGCUACAUGAGUUGGCCUAGCUGAGUUCAUUGUAGGUGCUCCAUCCUUUUUCCCACUUGAUGUUUGCUCUUGUUACUGUGUGCGUAACAUAGGUUUAUAGGUAGUUACUAGGAAUAUGAACAAGGAGACCGCUGAUGAGCCUAGCCCAGUUUCCCAAGAGAGAGCACUGUCUGGUUAAGGGAUGUGCUCAGAGCCCCACAUUGGGCAAAUGGACACCAUGGGAAUGUCUGCAUUAACUGCCAGACAGCAUUAUUUUAGCAAUAUUCCAGUUAAUCUAUGACAUUCCAAUAUCAUUACAGCCAUUUUUAUUUUUUAAGUUUCCAGUAUGCCAGAAACUGAUAUCUUAGGAUGACUUUGCCUCAGGCAAAAAGAUGCACAUCAGCAGAAGCAUUUGGACAGCUGCUUUCAUCCACUUUGAAAAUGGUUAAUUAUUUAAGACCUUAGAGGAAAACACAGCAAAACCAUUCAUCCAAAUGAUGUUCAUUACUUUAUAACGAAGCAUAUUUUAUAUUGUGCUAUUCUAAUUUCAUAGAAUUUUACACAGAGAACGAUGAUGGGUAGUAACUUGAUAGCAAUGUGUGCUGACAACCUGUUUACAUACCCUCACCCACAUACAGCCCUGAAAACUGCAAGCACCACUUCUAAGAGUCAUAGGAGAAUUUCCCUUAACAUUACUACUGUUUAUGCUGCGUGUAUAGCUUUUAUUCUUCACAGACAUAUCCCAAAACCAUUGUUGACUGGCUUAAGUAGAUCUCAAGCCCUCCUUUAAUGUUAUUUGUGAUAUCUGCAACACUCCGCACUUAAGAUAUCCUUUAUGUCUGCUCGUAGGAGCAUCUGUCAUUUCCUGGUUUACCCCAGUUUCAAAUAAAACAAGUAAUCAUUGUUUACAUGUCAUUCUUUCACUUAAUAAAUGUCUAAUUACUGUUA